AUGAGUAUCUUGAAGGGUGCAUUGGAAAGGCUUCUAGCCGAGGCACAUUCUUCAAAACAAAAAGAAUUAGAACAAGCUUGUUCAACUGCAUUAGAGCAACUUAAAGAAGAAAUAAAUUAUCUCUUGAAGAAAGCUGCCAUAAAAAGAGGAAAACAAAAAGAAAACUUAGAGAACAUUGUAAAUGAAGCUAAUGGAACUGAAAUUUCUACUGCUUCCAACGGUACUGACUCUAAAUUAAUCAGUAAUGAUAUCAGUAUUGGUACGGCUGGAGAAACAAGUGAUACCGUUGCUGAAAAGGUCGAAAAGCAUACACUGGCCGACAAUUCCGGAAAAAAUACCGAAUCACCAAUGUCAGUUAGCAAUGGUCGUGUAUCUAUAUCUAGCAGCUUGUUCGCACGGGCCGGUGAAGAUUUACCUAAAGUUUUGGCCGAUGAUUACUGGCUACCUUUUAGAAUUGCUUGCGGAAAUACUAUGCCAACUAAUAUUCGAGUUAUAGCUCUUGAUUGUUUACAAAAAGUUAUUGCACAUGGAUUGCUUAUUGGGAAUAAUUUUAUAGCACUACCAAAGAGUGGGUCAAUAAAAAAACGGGACCCCAAAGCAAAAAAUCAGAAUUUUGGAUUUAAUGAUACAAAUGAUUUAACUAUUCUUGAUCCAUCAUCACCUUUCGAGGAUACUGAAUCAUUGGAUGGAAAUCCUUCACUGAAUUUUCCUAAUCCACCUCGAUUGAUUGAUGAUGUGGUGCACACAGUAUGUAUUGGAUUUACCGGACCACAAACGGAUCAAACAGUUCAACUUCAAAUUUUAAAAGUAUUACUUACACUUGUCACCACAGAACAAUGUCCAGUUCAUGGAAUUAGUUUGCUUAAGAUUGUUCAAACAUGUUGUAAUCUUUAUUGUUUUUCAAAAAGUCAAGUGAAUCAAGCAACUGCAAAAGCAGAAUUGACACAAAUAUCAAAUUUAAUUGUUACUCGACUCGAAGAAUUUUCUAUGGAGUUAUCAAAAAUCGAAGCUUCCAAACAACAAAUAUCUACUACCUCCACUUAUCAAGAUGCGAUCCUUGAGUUUAAUCCCAUAAAAGAAAGCGAUAAUGGUGCUGAAGAUAAUGACGAAGAGAUGGAAAUGAUAUUCGAUGUUGGUAAAACUACUAAUGGAGUUGGUUCACCAAAUUCUGUUGAUAGCGCAAACGUUAUUAAUGACAAAGUUGAUGAAAUUGAGGAAAAUAAUAAUACUUCUCAAUCUCCUAAUAUACAAAAAUAUAUCGAAAGUUCACCUUCUAAUAUAUCCACCGACAAUGCCAUUAUAAAUGAUGUUCAAGAUACAGAUGAAGUUGUUGAAGACUCUGUAAUUAUUGAUGAAAUUUCUCCAAACUCAGAUGUGUCCAAAAAUAAUGAUAAUGGAAAUUACGAAGCUAGAGAAGUUAAUGAAGUUGAGAUAAAAAAUGUUGACGUUUCCAAUAAUGAUAGUGAGAUAAUAACUUUUAUUGACAAUAUCAACCCUCAAAAAUGUGAAAUAGAAAAACAAGAAAUUUCGUCCGAAGUUCAAGUCAAUGGGAUUGUAGAAAUUCAGAUCUUGUCAACGGAUAUAACGUCUGAAAUACAAGAGAGUGUAAUUAUAGAAAAUAAAUCCAAGACACAAGAUUCUGCAAAUGAAAUCCCUGGUGGUAGUAUUAAUGAAGACAAAAUUAAAGUUAAAGAGGAAAUACCGGAUACCUCUGAUGUUAAGGAAAACGGAAUUGUAAUUAAAGAUGACCAGUCAGAAAUCAUUGAUCCGAAAAUUCUAGAACCUUCUCUAUCACCGAAAUUCGUUGAUGAAAAUCCUAAGAAACCUUUAAGGCGUCGAAGAUCUUCUUUGGCAAAUAUGAAAGAUCUCAAAAUAGAGAUACCUCCUACCAGUAAAAAACACAAAACAUCGCCCCUCAAAAAGCCUUCAAGUCACGAAACUUUUAACAUUCUACGUAAGGAUCUUUAUUUAACUUUUCGAUUGUUUUGUAGACUUUCAAUGCGUUUAGAUGGUGAAAAAUCUCAAGCUGAAGAUAUUAAUCUACGCGGUAGAUCUUUAGUUUUAGAAUUAAUUCUUUCGAUGUUAGAUAAUUCUGGUCCUGUUUUUCACUCCGAUGAAAUUUAUAUUAAACUAAUUCGGAAAGCACUUUGCGUUUCAUUGUCACAAAAUGGAGUUUCAUCAAAUGAACAACUAUUUGAACUUUCUCUUUCCAAUUUUCUCAUGUUAUUGCGUUAUUACAGGGCUCCAUUAAAAACAGAAUUAGAAGUGUUAUUUAAUGAAAUAUAUUUACGUUUUCUGGAUAUGAGCAACGCAACUUACCAACAAAAACAUUUAGUAUUACAAGGAUUAAUGAAAAUUUGCCAAAAACCUCAAAUUCUCUUAGAUAUUUAUCUGAAUUAUGAUUGUGAUAUUACGAUGGUUAGUGUAUUUGAACGAAUUGUGACCUCGCUAUCCAAAGUAGCACAAUUACGUACGAAGGUAUCAAAUAAAUCAAGUAGGGGAAUUAUGGGGAGUAACUCCGCUGGAUUAGAAUUGAUAGCACUACAUGAUAAAACAUUAAAAGUGAAAGGUUUAAGGUGUCUUGUAGCUAUUGUUAAAUCUUUGAUUGAGUGGUGUAAGGAUUUAGAAAGAAAAAACGGUGUUGAAUCCCCACGACAAUUACUACCCCAAAAUCCAACGCUGGAUACUGUUGAAGAUAAAACACCAAUAAUUUUUUCCAAAAAUCCGUUAUUGAGUAUUAAUUUCUCAACGUUACAUUCCAAUUCGAGCAGCAGCAGCAUAGGUACAGUAGAUUAUGAAGAUAAUCCAGCGCAAUAUCACGAAAUUAUGUCCCGUAAACAAACGUUGCGUGAGGGAAUUAAGCUGUUCAAUACAAAACCACAAAAAGGAAUAAAUUUCUUGAUACAACAUGGUUUCUUGAAAAGAGAUUCUAAUAACAUAAUAGCUUUUCUUGUAUCAACACCUGGAUUGAAUAAAGCAUCUAUAGGAGAAUAUUUAGGUGAAGGAGAUCCUGAAUCCAUCAAGAUUAUGCAUGCAUUUGUCGAUCGUAUGGAUUUUUCAGAGUUAAGUUUUGUUGAUGCAUUAAGAACCUUUCUUCAAACUUUUAGACUUCCCGGUGAAUCCCAAAAGAUUGAUCGCAUUAUGGAAAAAUUCGCUGAUCGUUAUUGUGAAACGAAUCCCGAUAUAUUUGCAAACGCUGAUACAGCCUACAUUCUCGCUUAUUCUACCAUCAUUUUAAAUACUGAUCAGCAUUCCGUGCAAGUCAAGAGACGCAUGGAGAAAUCUGAAUUCAUAAAAAACAAUCGAGGUAUAAAUAAUAAUAAUGAUCUUGCCGAUGAGUUUUUAGGCAAAAUAUUUGAUGAAAUUGCCAAUAAUGAAAUAGUAAUGGAGGAAGAACAAUUUUCGGAAGUAGCAAAAACUGCGAUUAGUCAUGCUACUGAUCGUGAACGUCAGGAAUUAUACGAAAGAGAAAUUUCUCAGAUGCAAAGAAAAAGCCAAGCUCUCUUGAAAAGUAAUAGGCAUGGACAAAUUCCAUCCGUUUGGCGAAGUGCUUCACAUGCAGAUCAUGUUAAACCCAUGUUUGCUGUGUUAUGUUGGCCCCUAAUGGCUACUCUAAGUUUAGUCUUUGAAGAAGCUGACAAUCCUCUGUCGAGUAAUAACUCCAAUAAAGGUACCGAAUUUGCACAAGCAAAUCAAGAAGCAAUUGAACUUUGUCUUGAUGGUUUUCUUGGCGCUAUUCGUAUUAGUAGUAUUUUUCGAAUGGAUGUUGAACGUGAUGCUUUCGUUUCGUCUCUGGCUAAAUUGACUGGAUUGAAUCACGUAGAUGAAAUGAGAUCAAAACAUGUCGCUGCAAUUAAAACAUUAUUAUCUGUAGCCAAUUCGUACGGUGAAGGUUUGCAAUCUUCGUGGUUCAUUGUUUUAAAAACAGUAUCUACUAUAGAAAGUUAUCAAUUGAUUGACAGCUCGACCGGUUCAGUUGCUUAUUCUUCUGAUGGUGCUAGUGGAUUAGAUUAUUCUCCACAAAAUAGUCGUAAUAAUAUAACAUCCUCCAACAAUUCCGUUAUUUCGUCUACUAUACCCCGUCAAAGUAUUAAUACCACUCGUAGAGGAUCUCUCAGUGGAGUGAUGAAAGAAUUUCAAUCUCAAAGUACUAUAAUAGCAAUCGAUAGAAUUUUUACAAAUAGCGUUAAAUUAAGUGGGGAUGCUAUUGUUCAUUUUUUUAAGGCUCUCUGUACUGUCUCUCUUGAGGAAGUUAACUUAUCGAGAUCAUCGCCAAGAAUGUAUAGUUUACAACGAAUUGUUGAAAUUGCAUAUUAUAAUAUGUCUCGUAUUCGAUUUGAAUGGUCACAGAUAUGGAAAAUUCUUCAACCUCAUUUCAUAACUGUUGGAUGUCACGAGAAUAUUAUUGUUGCUACAUUCGCUAUUGAUUCACUUCGACAAUUGAACAUGAAAUUUUUGGAAAGAGAUGAGUUAUCACAUUAUAAUACUCAAAGCGAGUUUAUGAAGCCUUUUGAACAAAUCAUUAAAAACAAUCCCUUGCCGAAUAUACAUGAUCUCAUUAUUCAAUCAUUUAUUCAAAUGAUUUCUGCUCGUGCUAGAAACAUAAAAUCCGGAUGGAAGAGUAUAUUUGUAGUUUUCGGUCGCGCUGCAUCGGAUGAAAAUAUACAAUUAGUUGAAACCACCUUUAGUGUUUCUAGAUUGGUGUAUCAAAAACAUUUGGAUCUUAUUGGACCGGCUUUUGUAGAUUUUGUCAAUUGCUUAGUGGAGUUUGCAUUUAACGGAAAAGAUGAAGAAUUGAUUAAUGAAUCUAUUAGGAUGUUACAGGGUUGUGUAAAAGUUUUAGUUAAAGAUGUUGAUAAUACAUUAUAUAAAUCUGAUAAUAAAGAAAUAGUAUCACAAACUAAUUCAGAACAACAAAUAAUUGCAUCAAAAAGGAAAUUGCAGCAUAUUGAAGAAGAACAAUUUUUUUUGAAAUGGUUUCCUGUAGUUUCUGGUCUAUCCCGUUUAGUGAUCGAUUCAGAAUCUCCGGCAGUCCGAAAUAGAGCGUUAGAAGCAUUAUUCGAUAUUUUGAAAUCAACCGGAAAUUUAUUCGAAAUUAGUUAUUGGAAUAAAAUAUUUCGAAAUGUUAUUCUCCCUAUAUUUGAAGAUCUCAAGGAACCAACUUCUAGACAAUCACCAUCAGCUACUGAUUUUAAAAGACGUGAAUCAACUUCAGAGAUUUGGAUUCAAACUAUUCGGUUAAUUAUAGAUCUCUACACAUUAUUUCAUGAUAUUUUCUCUACCCAACCAGAAUUUUUGGUGGAACUUUUAGACUUAUUAGUUGCACUUCUUAAACGAAGAAAUGAAAAAUUGGGACAAACCGGAAUCCAUUGUUUUCAUAAUUUAAUAGUAAGAAAUGGUAUGCGAUUCGAUAAUGUAACAUGGGGAAUAGUGACAAUCUCUUUAGAAGACAUAUUUAAAUGGACUACACCUAAUGAACUCUUAGAGAUAGAAAUAGUAAAUUCUGAAAUUGAAAACAGAAAUAGAAGUGGAGGUGAAAUUCCAUCAAAAAAUUCAUCAAUCGAAACGUUUUUAAACGACAAUCUUUCGACAACAACACCUUUUUCAUCCAAUAAAAAUGGUAACACCAAAAUUGAUAUCGAUUUUCCACACGCUAUUAUUAAGUGUGCGGCACAACUUAUUGCUAUACAAUCAGUUCAAGAUCUUGCACUUAAUGAUAAUUCUAAGUCAUCAACAAAAGAACCAGUUCACUAUCUAACUCAAAUGCCAGCCGAAUUCAGGAAUCGAUGGCUUAGAUGUUUAUAUAAUUCAUAUAAAUUUGCACACGAUUUCAAUGCAAAUGAUAAACUUCGUCAUGCUUUAUGGAAAGCAGGAUAUGUUCAACAAAUGCCUAACCUCACUAAACAAGAGACAUUAUCACUUUCAGUUUUUUUAUCCAUACUUUUUGAUCUUUAUAAAACAUUUGGUGAUGAAGAUCAAGAUUUAUUGCCUCCGUUAGUUGAAGAAUCAACACAAGUGUUUGAUCGAUUCAUUAGAUUAAUGCAUGAACCAAUAUCGAAUCAACAGCAACGAGAAAUGACAAAUUGGUCGCCUUUGGUAAUAACAGUUUUUAAAGAAUUGUGUAAGACAAAAUGGGAUGAUGGAAAACGAGAAAGUGAUGUAGAUUUUGAUGAUGAGAGGGAAAUGCAUGAUACUAAAACAACUCGUUUAGUUGGACUUAGAAAGCAAAUACCGGAUUUCUAUAGAUUAGCGAUUAAAAUAAUUGGUAUAGAUAGAGUUGAUGUUAGAAUUGCACUUCAAGAAUUCUUGGAAAAAAUUGGAAAUGAAUUUUUAAAUAUUGAUAAGUGGGAUAAUUGA